AUGGAACCAGCCAUUGUGGGUAUUGAAGACUUGGUGACCUGUUAUCAUCUGCUUCUGCUUCUAAUUUCUCCUGAACUGGCCAGCCCAUUUCCAUCCCCACUCCUACUCUUUUCCCAUCCACCAAACAUCCUACCUCUGGUGAUCGCAAUGCACUGGACAUUGCUCUUCCUCAUCUUUUCCCCACUACUGUUAGCCUCUGAACAUGGCUUACCCAAAUUUAUAUGCAGUCCUAUGCCAUUGGAUAUGGAUAAUGGUUGCCAGUCAAAUGGCCAUCAACGACAUGGAAGCGCAGCUAAUGGUGCAGGCAGUAGCCAUUGGGUGGGUACUCUAGAAGAAGCUAAGGAAACCAUCCUGCAUCUGCGGGAGACAGUGGUGCAUCAAAAGGAAAUGAUCCUUGACCAGAGAGAGACCAUGAGAGAACUGACAGCCAAACUGAGCCGCUGUGAAAUCCAUUCCAGGAGGCAUAGUGAGCACCAUGGAAAUCAUCAGGAAGAGAAUCAUAACCAUAAGUUUGGCCAUCACGAAGGUGGGCAUCGGGGCCAUCAUGAUAAUAGUCAAAGGGGACAUCAUGAGGAUGCCCACCAACCUCACCAUGAAGAUGGCCAUAGGGGACAUCGUGAUGCUGGCCAUCGAGAUCCCCAUGAAGGCCACCAUGCCCAAGAGAAUGAGCAUCAUCCAACUGCACAACCUGGGAACCAUGCACCACAGGUCAGUCACAACACUCAUGAUUCUUCUCACAAGGCACAUACACCUGCUCAGUCUAAUGCUAUGGAAGAUCCACCCAAUGAGGCAUCUGCUGCAAUACAUCAGAUGGAGAGAAUGUUGAAAUCCCUUAAGGAGAGACUGGAGCAUUUACAGCACAAUUGGAAUAAUUCAACCUUCUCCACAUCCAUGUGGGAUACUCUUCAGGAAAAGAUCAGCUUAUUGGAGCAACAGAUCCAUGAGAAAUCCAACACUUCAGAACAUCAGACACCCAGUGUACCAAAAGCAACAGGGAUGAGACAAAGGCAUGUUUCACAUGGACGCACGGUAGAGAAAGGGAACAAGGCAGAUAAGCAUUCCGAACAUUUUCAUGUGGAUUUCCCUCUUCGCACAAACUACAUGUAUAUCAAGAUCAAGCACACUCUGCAACAUGAAAUCUUUGCCUUUUCCAUCUGUCUCUGGCUCAAGUCAACUUCAUCCCCAGGGAUAGGCACACCUUUCUCCUACUCAGUGCCCAACCAAGCCAAUGAAGUGGUGCUUAUUCAAUGGGGAAAUAACCCCAUGGAGUUGCUCAUCAAUGAUAAGGUUGCCACCUUGCCAUUGGCUGUUAAUGAUGCCAAAUGGCACCACAUCUGUGUGACAUGGUCCACUCGGCAUGGCAUCUGGAAAUCUUACCAGGAUGGUGUCCAAACAGGGAAUGGGGAGAAUCUGGCUCCUUGGCAUCCUGUGAAACCCGGCGGUGUUUUCAUACUAGGCCAGGAGCAGGACACCCUUGGUGGCCGCUUUGAUGCCACUCAAGCUUUCAUUGGGGAAAUGUCAGAUUUCAACAUGUGGAGCUAUAUUGUGACACCUGCUGAAAUUUACAAGAUGGCAACCUGCAGUAGCUCCACUGGUGGUGAUCUUAUCAAUUGGACUGAAAACUCUAUAGAACUUCAUAGAGGAGUGAUCAAACUACCAUAUAAUGCCUGCCACUAAGAAUCAACCAAAGAAACAUGGACAUAACAUUCUCUGGAAGAGAAAGAUACCUAAUGGUUAAAGGCAAAGCAUGGGAGGACCUCAAGAUUUAUUUCAUACAGUGGUAGAAAGGGUUGGGAAAUAAAAAUUUCCAGGUUCCUUAACAAAAAGAAUGGGGGGCCUUUAUGUUUGGCACAUGUGCAACAAAAAGAAAGUGGGUAUGUAUGCAGGCAGGAAAAUCUUUUAAGAUCCAGAAAUACAGUAUAAUAUUUAUUUUAUGAAGCUGAGCAAUUUUCAAAGUAAGAAACAUUCCUACACAUGAUAAACCUGUACUGUGUAUUGGGAUUUUCCUAAUGUAAGAGCAGGAGCAAAAAAAUAAAGUUCCUCAUGAUGACAAUAUGGCGAAUAGGACAUUUCAUUUUCAAGGCCUUGAUGUGUAACAUUGGUCCACUAGGAAGAUAUUUAUGGUAGAUCAAAAUCCUAUUUUUGACUAGUAGUUUUCUACUUUUUGGAUAUU